GAAGACUCUGAAGAGCCCGGAAACCAUAGCCUCAUUGCGAAUCAUACAUUAUCCUCAAUGAGAUAUCCACACCUGGCUACGUGCACGUAGUCUCGAGGCUGUAGCUGUAGCCGUAGCAAGGUCAUGGUCAGUAUCACUUCGUUCUUCGUCGAGUAACAUCGUUCGAAUGUUCCGUCCUCGCGUUUAUCGCGAUCAAUCGAGGAGAUUCCGUACUCCUGCGUACUACCUGCUCCACGUUAUCGAUAUUCUUCGACGAAGAAAUUUCACUUGGCGUAUUUCUAUACCGAAUACGCGAAUACGGGACGGAAGAGAAUCAUCUCAUAUUUUUCACAGCUCGUCGAAGCUCUUUGCUGAAUGUGUUUAAAAUGUGACAAGCACAAUAUAUUCGCUUUGGUGUCAUUGAACCUGCAGCGAGAACGCAUUGAAAACGCACGCAAGCACACGCAAGCAAGUAAAUUGACUUUCGUAGAAUUUGUUCAAGAUUCGAGAAAGACGAUAGGUAGGUGAUUUGAGACAAAUCUCAUUGAUAAUCUCGUUUAGCGGAAACAACUAAAACUAUUCUUUUGGGCAUGGUAACGCGACAUAUCUAUUUAAAUCACACACCAGUUGUCCUUUUUCACACAAAUCUUUCUCACCGCUGUCAUUACAUCUGGAAUUCAAUCCAAAUGCCAUCACUUGAUUUCAUAUUUGCUCUCUUAUGUCCUUACAAAAAGAAAAAAACCGCGCUCCGAUGAAAUUAACAAGUUUAUAACAAUGUCAAGAAUCAUCAAAAUGUCAAAGUUGUAACAAUUUGUAAUAUUUCCAUUGUCACGAUUCCAUAUUUACAAGGAGGGGAUUGUUGAUAUAGAGUAGAAACGCGAUAAAUGAAUAGCUAUCAGAUCGUUACCCUAUUUUCAUUCACAUACAUUCAAGUAACUAUGUAAAUAAUACUAAAUUUACUGUUGCUUUACAUACGCAGGCUAAUAUAUUCCACAACUCACGGCAGAACUUUUUCUUAUUUACGCUUCGUGAAUCAUCUUUGGGGAGUCGAUAUUUCCUCAGCGAAAAUAGAAAAAAAGAAAUUAUUGUUUAUAAUGCCAUUUAUUUUCCACAAUCUUUAUUUCACAAUCUUUAACAUUUUAUAUUUUUAUAGCUAAGAGCUUUUCAACAUGUGUAUGCGAAAUACAAAUACUGCUUUCUCAAUAAGAGAGAGAAAUUUUUUUAACGAAUAUUAUCUCUUGUUCUAAUGGAUAAGAUUUUCUUGUGCGCAAGUGGGACCAUUUAUAUCGCGCGUUAUCCAAUCUAUUUUCAGCCGUUGAUUCAGAGAUAUCAGUUAGAACGAAUAACUUGGUGUUCGUAAUGUAAUCAAAAUAAUGAUAUUUAAAUUUCAUGCACCGUUUUUAUAAAAUCUUUAGAGAAAUAGUAAAACAGCGUAUACGUAACACUGAUCUAGCAUGUGUCAUACGUGCGUAUUCACGCCUAGUCAGAACGCUCAUUCAUUAGCUUUAAAACGUGCUUCUUCUGACGCAGAGACUCGCGCGAAUACACAUAGUGUAUUCCAUAUGCGCAAAUUUUCGGAGAAAUAUAUCCUGUAUAAAUAAGCUUCUUUUUUCUCUUCGCGAUAAAAGAGUAAAUGGAUAAGAAAAAUAGUAUCUAAAUGAUCUCGACGUAUAACAUAAAAAUGCAUGCAACAUGGAAAAUUUUUACGUAAAAAUAUCUCGCUAACGUAUGACGGAACGUGAUUAAAACUUUCGAAACCGCAUUAAUGUUUAAGAAUGUUAAAGACUUUUAGAAUGUAAGUUCUCCGCCGCGCCGUCUUUCAGGAAGUAGGCAACCAGUGCAGCUUUCCUUUUCGAACGUUUAGCUCGCGUUAAUUUAUACGUUUUGUGUUGACACGAGCACGGGCAUCAUAUUUUCGCACGUUUUUCAUCCUUGAUUAUAUAACGCGGUUUCUGAGGUUUUUCCCUCCCUCCCCCCGUCUCUCUCACUCCCUUUGAUUUUGUCGAGCUCCUAAUAGUUGGCACAGUACGUCGUGCAACAGUUUACAACAAGAGUCACGUGUGUCCGUAUAGCGUUAUAGCAGUUCCCAGAAAGAAAUCAGAUUUUAAAAAUAAACAUGAUACAUUUUAUUUACAAGCUUUCGAUACAACGUAAAGUCUAAAUCCAUCUGUUGUAUCUGAUAUCACGGCCAUGUAAAGUGCGGCGCGCGUUAUCAUCCGUGGUUAUUUGUGAAAACAUGAUUUCUGACAUGAAAAUCUGUUUCAAAGACAGAUAAACGUGUUUAACAGUUUGGGGGUUGAAGAACCCGCGAAAUAUUUAUGAAUAUGCGGGUGCGUAUAAAAUUCGCACUUGAAAUUACUUAACAGAUUUGAAAGUUUCACAAGUAAUUGAUAUUCACUUCGCAUCGUCAAAUUGCCCAGACCGGGCAGCGUGGCUUCCUCUUUCAUCAAUUUCUAACGUGAUGGUUGCCAAGCUAUCGGUUUUAUUUGAACAGUACGGCGCAUUGAUUUGAUUCGGUUAGAUGUUGCCUGGAAAAUUCCUCAAUUCUCUUCCUCAAUCGAAUUAAAAGAUAAAUAAAUACUAUUACUUGAGUCAUUCGCAUCGUACAACACAACACAUUCAUUGAGAAAGUCGUACGGUCGCUACGUGACAAUCGGAGAGAUUUUUAGCAAAACAUCUUCUUCUCUCCGUGUACGAAGAGUUACAUUCACAAAGUAGAUCAAGUUACCUAUAUAUCUCAUCGUUACACGAUACUGCUCAACACAUCCUGUUAGGAGAUUUCUAUCCAUUUUUCAUGGAUUUUGAAAAUAAUCUUGGAAAUUACAUCAACGAAAAUGACAAAAAAAGAUUGGCGUACUCAUAUUAUCAUUGUACAUUUGUUCAGUGAUGUAAUAAGGAAAUAAAUAGCGUAUAGUGAGAUAUUAGUAAAUAAAUUCGCGCUUGUAUCAGUAAAUUCCAACAAAGUUCUUCGGUUCUAGGAAGUACCGCUAGGAAAAAAAAAUGGGCAUCGAAAGCUUUCUGACAGAAAGUUUGACUUCAGCGUCCACCAGCGGACUUUCAUUAUUCUUUCCGGUUCUCGCUGCGACACUUGCCUACUUUCAUUACGAAGUUCUGGAUAACGAAGCCCCGCCGAUCAACGUGCCAUCAGACAUGCUAUUACCUUCGUAUGAUUUUAUAGUGAUAGGCGCAGGUAGUGCAGGAGCCGUAGUUGCCAGUCGAUUAUCCGAGAUCGAGGAUUGGAACGUAUUGUUGCUGGAAGCAGGCGGUGACGAAACCGAGGUCUCGGACGUGCCUCUGUUUGCCGGUUAUCUCCAAUUGAGCCAGCUCGAUUGGCAAUAUAAGACCGAGCCACAGGGUGAUGCCUGCCUAGCGAUGGAGGACAGCCGUUGCAAUUGGCCGCGUGGCAAAGUACUGGGCGGAUCCAGUGUCCUCAACUACAUGCUCUAUGUACGAGGGAACAAGAAAGACUACGACCUCUGGGAGCAGCAAGGUAAUCCUGGCUGGGGGUCGCAUGAACUCCUGCAUUACUUCAAGAAAUCCGAGGAUAAUCAGAACCCUUACUUGCUUCGCACGCCGUAUCACGCGAGCGGCGGGUACUUAACGGUGCAAGAGGCACCGUGGCACACACCUCUAGCGGCGGCCUUUGUCCAGGCUGGCCAAGAGAUGGGCUACGAAAAUCGCGACAUCAAUGGCGACGUUCAAACCGGUUUCAUGAUCGCUCAGGGCACUGUCAGACGAGGCAGUCGUUGCUCGAGUGCAAAGGCUUUUCUGAGGCCGGCCAGACUCAGGAAGAAUCUACACGUGGCAAUGCACGCGCACGCCACCAAAGUGCUGAUACACCCCAAAACAAAGCACACUUACGGGGUUGAGUUCGUCAGGGACGGCAAGGUCUUUCAUAUGCGCGCAAAGAGGGAAGUGAUUGUGUCCGGUGGCGCGGUAAAUUCGCCUCAGAUUCUCAUGCUGUCUGGGAUCGGGCCGAAGGAACAUUUGCGAGAGCUCGAGAUUCCCGUGAUUCAAGAUAGCAGGGUCGGCUACAAUUUGCAAGACCAUGUCGGCCUAGGGGGACUCACGUUCAUGGUCAAUCAGGAGAUUUCUAUGGUGGAGAAACGGCUGCAUAGUGCUCAGGCGGUGAUGCAGUACGCUGCGCUAGGUGACGGCCCCCUGACGGUGCUUGGAGGUGUCGAGGGUAUCGCUUUCGUCAACACCAAAUAUGCGAACGCUUCGCUGGACUUCCCCGACAUCGAGCUGCAUUUCAUUUCCGGCUCGACUAAUUCAGACGGCGGGACCCAAAUAAGGAAGAUCCACGGACUGACGAAACAGUUCUACGAUGCCGUUUUUGGGCCGAUCAGCAACAAGGACACGUGGAGCGUUAUUCCGAUGUUGCUACGACCUAAGAGUCGAGGGGUAAUCAAACUGCGCAGCAAAAACCCGUUCGAAAAACCUCUGAUCUAUGCGAAUUACUUCAAAGAACCAGAGGACAUUGCCACGUUGGUCGAGGGAGUCAAGAUCAGUGUGGCUCUGAGCAGAACUAGCGCCUUCAGGCGAUUUGGAAGCGAGCUGAACUCGCAGCUGUUUCCAGGAUGCGAACAAAUUCCCAUGUAUACGGAUCCUUACUGGGAAUGCAUGAUCAGGUUUUAUAGCGCCACGAUUUAUCAUCCGGUUGGCACGUGCAAAAUGGGACCUUACUGGGAUCCCGAGGCCGUCGUUGAUCCGCAACUCAGAGUCUACGGUGUGACUGGGCUUCGCGUGAUCGACGCAUCGAUUAUUCCUAACCUGGUAAGUGGGAACACGAAUGCGCCAACGAUCAUGAUCGGCGAGAAAGGAGCAGACAUGAUCAAAGAAUAUUGGUUAAAGUGGAAGAACAGAUCCGAGCAGCAGUCUAGCGAACGAUAAGACGAACUCACGCGCACAUCCCUUACAUCCUUGAUACGGAUUACGGAUGAAGACAUGAUGCGAUAGUACAAGACGGCACUAGUGCCGUCGACAUGAAAAGACUUGUAGAAGAAAUUUUCUGGACUUUAUUACAUUUUUUAUGAGCCAUAUUAGUGUAAGGAUAUCCGUGAAUCUACACGCGAAUGUCAUCGUGCAUUUUAAAACAUUUUAACUUCUUUAUCGGUCAUCACGCUGUCAUCAGCCAUAUUGUAAUCUAAUAUUAAAUUAUAACUUGUGGAGAGAGAGAGAGAGAGAGAGAGAGAGAGAGCGCUUGUAAAACGGCGGAAUAUUUAGAGUAACGAAAUUAUGUAUACCAAACUAUGUACGACGCAGCAUGUAAGCAUCGUUUUAAAUACGUAGAAUGUUGUCAUGUCCACGUAUAUAGGUAUAAUACUGUUUUUUAAAUUGAAUUUUUAUCUUUCAUCUUUAUCUAUUAGUAAGUGACCGAUUCUCUACAUGAAAAAUAAUUACUUGGGCUCCAUUCGCAUACGCAUUGAUUAUUUCUUUCCUUAAUUAUAUUUUGUAGAUAAAAUUUUUUGCCCUUCCAGAAAGUUUUUUAAAGCGAUGAAAAGCUCGAAACAAAUACAUGCAAUAAAUUACAGGACAAAUCGGUGGAAAAAAAUCUUAACCAUGAACAAAGUCUCUAAAAGAGGAAUUUUCGCAUUAGACCAAUAUUGAUUCAUUCACCGUAGAAUUUUCUGUUUAAGAAUCAAAACAAAUAUGUGACUAUCAAAAAGAAAGUAAUAAUAAGAAAGCUCCAUCGCAAAUCAUAUAAGAAUGUAUUAUAGGGAUUUGAAUGGCUUCAUAGAGAUAAAGAGAGGAGAGGUGAGAUUUAUAGAAAGGAUGAGUCACACUCGUCUUAUAUCGGAAGUUAUAAAUGCACGGUCAAACCCGAAUCCAAUACCAGGAUGCUCAUAUAAUAGUUUGACGGCUCGUCGGACACAAGUAUUUGGCUUGUUCUACACAUGUCAUUUCACAUCGACGAUAUAUUAUCCGGUUGGCAUCUGCGAGAUGGGCCCCAGUCAACAAUCGCUACGCCGCGGCCCUCACGUCGAUUCUAGAAUUAAGAGUUUAUGGGAUCGUGGGAUUGCGACUCGUGCGAGUGAUCGACGCGUCCAUUAUGCCGCGCGCAUAUUAGUUUUAGGAAAUACUAACGGGAGAUUAGUCAUGAUUACUGUUAAAGAUUACGUUUCGCGAGAGAUCAAUGCGGGAUAAACCGUGUAUCGCUAUAUCUUUCAUUUUACUAUAUAUUAUAUGUAUACUGUGUACUAUAUACUAUGUAGUAUAGUAUUGUACAUUUGUAACAUUCUUGAGUAAAAGAAAAAAAACCGCUUCAACUGUACGUGAGUUUCUUACGUGUACCGUUGUAACAAUAUAUAAAAUAGUUAGGUAUAUUAGCGUCAUAAAUGAUGAUUUGGCACUUGACUAGAAACAUGAUAAAACAUUUAGAAAUUGUUUGUGAAACGCUUACUUUUGUUGCGAAACACUAAUAAUUUGUAAAAACUAAAAUGUGAAAAUUAAUGUAAAUUAAAAGACAAAUUCUUUUGUAUCUCCACUUUUUUUCCACGCGAGCUCUUCGUUGUUCUUCUGCGGACUGUUUGCGUGCGCGCGUGCGUGUAACUCUAAACUAUACUUGAAUCGAGAAUCGAGUUUAGAUGAUGCUACUGAUACUGCAGGACGAAUGAUAAACGGCAUGCACGUAAUAAAAUACAAAGAUUACUGGUAUAUGAUAAGUUAUCACGUUAUUACGUGAUGCUCAUGCAGUUCGAGAUCGUUCAAAAUAUAUUUAAUCACGUCGCAUACGUACAAACACGACACGCGCGUUGUCAUAAAUGCGAUAUAUGCAUACAUCGAAAACUUGAAAAAUCGCUGGCCUAAUAAUGUAAUGACGUAUAGUUAUAUCUGUUAUUAUCUGUACAUAUAUAGUGUAUAUGUAAUAUAAAUCAAAAAGUGAUGUACUGCGAUAUGGCGAGAAACAACAUGAUAAUUAAUCAUACCAAACAUUAUUAAAAAAUAACAAAAAUAAAUGUGUUUUUUGCAUUUUAAAAAACUAUGGCCAUCUUACCCGAGUUUACCCUACCUAUACCACAAUAUUCGUUUUGGGCUUUUACAUUUAUGACGACAAUCUUUCUUAGGGAAAAAAAGGCAAAGGGACAAAACACAUUUAAGUGAUCUAAAUUUAGACUCCGAUAUCUGGAUAAGCCC